AUGGAGAAGGAGCAAAAUACUCGUUCGCCCACAACCCGAGAAACCCCAUGGCUCGAUCCUCAUACCGAAGAGUACCUCGAGAUGGUCAAAUCUUCGAACCAGGGCGCCAACACAGCGCAUGCCACGACCAAACAGAUAGAACUCUUGGAUCGAAUCCAUGAGCUCAUCGAAGAAACGGGCGUCGUCACUCCGCAAGAAAAGCCAAAACAUGUUUGUCUCUAUUGGAAUUUUUUGAGAAUGGAAAAUGGAUGGGAGUGGAGUAUAGAUGAGAUACGGGAGAGGAUGUCGCAAGACAAGAGGGAGUGGGAAAUGCGAGUAGGGCAUAGAUUUCUCGAGCCAGGUGAGUCUAGCCCUAACUCAUGA